UUUGGUCCUUGCAUGUUGACACUCUGGAGCUGUGCAGGCAGAGGUAGUGGGAGCAGGGUGACGGACGUGGGGACAGGGAAGCAGCGGAGCAAGGUGCGUAUGUGCCGGGAGGAGGUGCCAGGGCACAGCUGGGUUGGCGUGCAGGUGUGGGGCUCAGUGACAGGACAACGAGGAGCAGAGUUGGACGGACGGAUGGAGCGUGUGUGACUGACGGAGCAGCAGCGUUGCACGGACGGACGGACGGGGAAGAGGCUCUCCGAGCAGGGAGGACUUGCGGGCUCGUAGCUUGAGCCUACCUGAGGCAAAGGCGGUUCCGGCCCCGCUGGCCUGGUUCUGUGCCUGGCACUGUGUCUGGGCCCAGCUGCUGUCUUGGCUGAGCCCCUGGUGUGGGUCCCUGCAGUGCCCCAGCUGAGUCCUGAGAUGGAUGUGUUUGGGGGGGCCCCCCGGUUCCUUGCCUACCCCCGCACUUUCACAGUGCAGAGUGGUGCCGAUGCCAUCCUGAAGUGCCAGAUUGCGGGCGACCCACGCCCCAGCAUCAUCUGGGAGAAGGACAAAUCCCCGAUCACGCUGCUGGGCCGCUUCCAGGUUGAGGCCGAGGGGAAUGUGUACAGUCUGUCGAUUUCCCAGGUGACCCCAGCGGACAGCGGGCAGUAUAUCUGCAAGGCCAAGAACACCAUCGGGGAGACCUACGCUGCUGCCACACUCAAGGUGGAGGCAGGGGAGCUGCAGCAGGGGGAAGACCCUGAGGAUGUGCCCCCCGCCUUUCUGAGCAAGCCCCUGUCCUGGCAGGUCUGCAGGGGGGAGGAUGUGUUGUUCACCUGCAGGGUCUCAGGGCAGCCUUGCCCUGUGCUGCAGUGGGAGAAGGAUGGGUGCCAGCUGUCGGAUCUCUUUGAGAGCAGCCAUUUCUCCGUGGGGAGGGAGCCGGAAGACUGGCAUUUCCUGAAGAUCUUUAGCGCCCGGCCCCCGGACGGAGGGGUCUAUGUAUGCAGGGCAUGGAACCGCUCAGGGGAGGCCCUGGCAGCAGCUGUGCUCCUGGUUGACCCCAUGGCUCGUGGGCUGCCAGACGGCCCCUUCCUGGGCUCCCCCAGGAACUGCUGGCCCCUGAGCCAUUUCAGUAAGAAGCCGGAUCAGCAUGGUGACAGGAGACACUGCCACGGGCAGCGCUCCGUGCCCUGGCUGGCCCGGCCCAAUGGCGAGGUGCCUCCCAGCGCUCCCAAAGCCAAGGCAUUUGCUGUGAGCGAGGGGAAGCACGCCAAGUUCCGCUGCUACGUGACGGGUAAGCCGAAGCCCGAGAUUGUGUGGAAGAAGGACGGGAAAAUCGUUGCGCCAGACAGGAGGCACCUGGUCUAUGAGGACAGGGAAGGCUACUUCAUCCUGAAAGUGCUGUACUGCAAGGCCCGGGACCAGGGGCUGUACAUCUGCACUGCCUCCAACACGGCUGGCCAGACCCUAAGUGCGGUGCAGCUCCAUGUGAGAGAGCACCAGGUGCGGUUCCAGUUGCAGCUGGAGGAUGUGGAGGUGCAGGAGUGUGAGGACGCCGUUCUGGAGUGCAAGGUGCCCCUGGAAACCAUCCCCACGGCCUGGUACCUGGAGGACAAGCAGCUGCAGCCAAGCCACAAGUAUGUGAUUGAGGAGCAGGGCCUGGUGCGACGCCUGACCAUCCGUGACGCCCGCGCUGAUGACGACGGCAUCUACCUCUGCGAGAUGAAGGACAAAGGGCGCAGCAUUGCUGAAGUCUCAGUCAGAGGGGUGAUCGUGAAGCGGCUCCCACGAAAGCUGGAUGUCAUGGAGGGGGAGAAUGCUGCCUUCUGUGUGGAGACCCGGGACGCUGUGGAGGGAAUCUGCUGGAGCCGGAAUGGGCUGGAGCUGCGGGAGACACCAUGCACCGUGCUGAAGAGCUUUGGCAAAACCCACCUGCUGGUCCUGGUGCACGUGACGCGGGAGGACGCUGGGGUCAUCUCCUUCAGCGUGGGGGAGUCGCAGACGUCAGCCCAGCUCCGCAUCAAAUGUGCAAAGCGUGUUCCCCCGAGCGCGCCCGUGGCCGCCGAGAUGAGCACGGACCGCAACAACGCUGCCCUCCUGACGUGGUGCCCCGGGCCUGAUGUGCACAGGAGCCCCCCCAGCAGCUACGUCCUGGAGCGGCAGGAGGCUAGCACGGCCGAGUGGGUGCAGUGUCUUACCACGGACCUGGCCAGCAUGGUGGAGGUGCUGGGGGAUAGCGUGCCUGCCGAGGCAGACUACUGCUUCCGCAUAUGUGCUGUCAACAAGUACGGGAGGAGCAGGCCCGUGGAAUUUCCUGGCUCUGUGCACCUUGUCCCUGUAGCCUGCGUGCGGAGAGCCCUGAAGGACGUGCAGGUGCAGGUGGGCCAGGAUGCCCAGUUCUCCCUGGAGCUCUCGGCCUCCGUGGCAGGGAACUGGUUCCUGAACAGGGCGAAGCUGCAGGAGGAAGAGGAAGGCCAGAGCUACUGCAUAAAGCGCAGCGGGACCGAGCACUCCCUGCUGCUCCGUGGUGUGCGGCUGGCGGAAAGUGGGGCCGAGGUCACGUUUGUGUCCAGCGGCGUGCGGGACUCUGCCACUCUGUGGGUGCAAGCCCCGCAGGUGCGCAUCGCCCCGGUGCCCGAGGCCCAGCGCCUCCGGGAGCUCCUGGCAGGGCUGCCCUUGCUCUUGGAGUGUGAGGUCUCCACGCCCGACGCCCCUGUGCGGUGGCUCAAGGACGGGGAGGCUGUGCCCUCGGACAAUGUCGUCACCCUGCAGGCAGAAGGCUGCACCAGGAGGCUGUGUAUCCACUCUGCCCGCCCCUCGGAUGCUGGGACAUACACGUGUGAUGCAGGCGAGGAUGCGCUGAGCUUCACAUUGACCGUGACUGAGCCAUCCGUAAGGAUCGUCAGCUCUAACGAGGACGCCGCACACACCUACCUGGCCUCGGAGCGCAUGGUGCUGGCGUGCGAGCUGUCCCAUGCCAAUGCCCCAGUGCAGUGGUACAAGGACGGGGUGGAGGUGGAGGAGGGCGAGGGCCUGCUCUUGGAGUGCGAAGGGCCCCAUCACAGGCUCGUCAUCCCCUCAGCCCAGCCACAGGACACAGGCGAGUUUGUGUGUGAUGCGGGCGGCGACUCCGUCUUCUACAACAUCACGGUGACAGAGCUGCCUGUGAGGAUCAUCAGCUCUAACGAGGAUGCCGCGCACACCUACCUGGCCUCGGAGCGCGUGGUGCUAGCGUGUGAGCUGUCCCGUGCCAACGGCCCGGUACAGUGGUACAAGGACGGGAUGGAGGUGGAGGAGGGAGAGCACUUGCUCCUAGAGUGCGAAGGGCCCCAUCGCAGGCUCGUCAUCCCCUUGGCCCGGCCACAGGACACGGGGGAGUUUGUGUGCGAUGCGGGCAGUGACUCCGUCUUCUACAACAUCAUGGUGACAGAGCCACCCGUAAGGAUCGUCAGCGCUAACGAGGAUGCCGCGCACACCUACCUGGCCUCGGAGCGCGUGGUGCUGGCGUGCGAGCUGUCCCGUGCCGAUGGCCCUGUGCAGUGGUACAAGGACGGGGUGGAGGUGGAGGAGGGCGAGGGCCUGCUCCUGGAGUGCGAAGGGCCCCAUCACAGGCUCGUCAUCCCCUCGGCCCGGCCGCAGGACACGGGGGAGUUUGUGUGUGAUGCGGGCGGCGACUCCGUCUUCUACAACAUCACGGUGACAGCCCCGCAGGUGCGCAUCGCCCCGGUGCCCGAGGCCCAGCGCCUCCGGGAGCUCCUGGCAGGGCUGCCCUUGCUCUUGGAGUGUGAGGUCUCCACGCCCGACGCCCCUGUGCGGUGGCUCAAGGACGGGGAGGCUGUGCCCUCGGACAAUGUCGUCACCCUGCAGGCAGAAGGCUGCACCAGGAGGCUGUGUAUCCGCUCUGCCCGCCCCUCGGAUGCUGGGACAUAUACGUGUGACGUGGGUGAGGAUGCGCUGAGCUUCACAGUGACUGUGACCGAGCCGCCUGUGAGGAUCGUCAGCUCUAACAAGGACGCUGCGCACUCCUACCUGGCCUCGGAGCGCGUGGUGCUGGCGUGCGAACUGUCCCGUGCUGACGGCCCAGUGCAGUGGUACAAGGACGGGGUGGAGGUGGAGGAGGGCGAGCUCCUGCUCCUGGAGUGUGAGGGGCCCCAUCGCAGGCUCGUCAUCCCCUCGGCCCAGCCGCAGAACACGGGGGAGUUUGUGUGCGACGCGGGCGGCGACUCCGUCUUCUACAACAUCACGGUGACAGAGCCCCCAGUGAGGAUCCUGCGCCCCCAGGAGCGCUCCCUGGAGCUGCGAGCUCUGGCGCUGCAGUGCCUGGAGCUGAGGUGUGAGCUGUCUAGCGCAGAUGCCCAGGUGUGCUGGUUCAAGGACGGGCUGGAGGUGGAUGAGACAGAGAACCUGCUGCUGCGGGCAGAGGGGGCCCAGCGCUGGCUGAUUGUCCCACAGGCCCAGGCCGAAGAUGCCGGCGAGUACAUCUGUGAGACAAGGGACGAGUCUGUCUCCUUUGACAUCAAGGUGUCAGAGCCCCCAGUGAAGAUCCUGCAGCCGCGGCGAGCUCCCCCAACUCUGAAGGCUGUCCUAGGGGAGACAGUGACUCUGGCCUGCGAGCUCUCACGUGGGAACGUGCCAGUGCAGUGGGUUAAGGAUGGCACCAGGCUGGAGCCUGGGGGCAGCCUGAUCCUGGAGGAGGAGGGUACCCAUCGGCGGCUGGUCAUCCCUGCUGCUGGAGUGGAGCAUUCCGGGAAGUACGUCUGCGAUGUGGCUGAUGACACCAGGACGUUUACUGUCCAAGUGUGUGAGCCCCCUGUGCGCAUUGUGAGGAGCAAGCGGGUCCGGGAGCAGCAGUGCCUGGUGGCCGGUGAUGACUUGGUGGUGGGCUGCGAGGUGUCUCGGCCCAGCGCUGCCGUCCGCUGGCUCAGGGAUGGCCAGGAGCUGGUGGCCAGUGAACGAGUCCGGAUCGAGGACCGGGGAUCUUUCAGGCAGCUGACCAUCCUUGGGGUCCGGCCCAGCGACUCUGGCUCCUAUGUUUGUGAUGCUGUCGGUGACCGAAUGGUGACGGCCGUGAAGGUGGCAGGCCCCCCCAUUCGGGUUGUGAAUAAGGAGGAGGCCAAGACGCCCGUGGAGGUCCUGGAAGGGGAGAGUGUCACGCUGGUUGCCCGGCUCUCCCAGGAGCAGGCUCCUGUCCAAUGGCUGAAGAACAAGCGGGCGCUGCGCUCCGGGGCGCGGCUCCUCCUGAGCAGCCAGGGGCCCUCGCGCAGACUCACCAUCAAGCAGACGGAGCCGGGCGACAGCGGCACCUUCAGCUGUGACACUGGGGACGACGAGGUGCACUUCACCCUGCGAGUGAGAGAGGCUCCAGUGGUGUUUGUGAAAAAGCAGGAGAAGCCGGAGAAGGUGCUGGUGCUGGAGGGGGGCAGUGCCGUGCUCUCAGCCAUUGUCUCCAAGGAGCAGGCCCCAGUGAGCUGGAGGGGCCCCCGGCAGCCCCUGGCAGCAGGGCAGCGUUGCGAGCUGCGGCGAGAGGGCCGGGUGCACAGCCUGGUGCUGAGCAACGUGGGCAAGGAUGACGCCGGCCUCUACACCUGCCUGUCCCGCCAUGACCAGAUGCAGUUUGAAGUGAGCGUGAAAGAGCUGCUGGUGAAAUUUGUGCGAGGCUUGUCGGAUGUGCAGGCGCAUGUGGGCGAGACGGUGCUGCUGUGGUGCGAGCUGUGCAAGGCCAAGGGGCAGGUGGCGUGGCUGAAGGAUGGGCAGGAGCUGGAGCCCAGCGGCAGGUGGGAGAUCAAGGCAGAGGGGCGGGAGCGCUCCCUGGCGCUGAGCAAUGUGGGGCCUGAGGACGCCGGCGAGUACUCCUGCGAAUCCAAGGAUGACCGGACGCUGGCCACGCUGACUGUGCAGGUGCCCAGGGUGGUGGAGAUCAUCUCAGAGCUGCACAACCUGACAGUGCUGGAGGGGGAUGAUGCCACCUUCAAGUGCCUGGUGUCCCCGGAUGACGUGGCCCUGACGUGGCAGCUGAACGGCCAGGCUGUCACCCCCGGCGAGCGACUGGUGGUGACCAGGAACGGACUGUGCCACGCCCUGACCAUCCGGCAGUGCCAGCUGGGAGACGCAGCCACCGUGACAGCCCGUGCUGAGGGUCUUGUGAGCACAGCCCGGCUGAGUGUGCAAGAGGCCCAGGUGCUGUUUGUGCGGAAGCUGCAGGAUGUGGUGGCCGAGGAGCUGCAGGACGCGCUGCUGGAGGUGGAGCUGAGCCGCGAGGCCGGCGAGGUGCAGUGGCUGAAGCAGGGGGUGCUCAUCCAGCCGGGCAGCAAGUACCAGCUGCAGGAGGCCGGGUGCAGACGGGGCCUGACCAUUCGCAGCCUCAGCCCCUCGGACCGUGGCACCUACCGCUGCGAGAGCCUCCACGACCGGACGCAGGCCAAGCUGAGCGUGGAGCCCCGAAAGGUGUCUUUGCGGAAGCCACUGUUGGAUGUGGAGACCUUUGAGAAGGAGACGGCCACGUUCCAGCUGGAGCUGUCCCAUGCUGACGUGCCCGGGAUGUGGAUGCGGGACGGCAUCCGGGUGAAGCCAAGCCGGACCUGCCGGGUCAGCACCACAGGCUGCGUGCACAGCCUGACGUUGCUGGGGCUCACACUGGAGGAUUCGGGCACUGUCACCUUCACCGCCGACACCCUGCGUUCCAGUGCCCGCCUGACCGUCAGAGAGCCACCAGUUGCCAUGGUGAAGGCCCCCCGGGAUGUGGGUGUCCCUGAGACAGGGGCUGCCAGCUUCGAGUGCGAGCUGUCCCGCCCCAUUGCGGAGGUGAAGUGGUACAAGGAUGGGACGGUGCUCCGAGCGGGGCCCAAGUGCCGCAUCUACUCAGUGGGCCGGCGGCGCUUGCUGCAGCUCAGCCGCUGUAGCCUGGACGACGCAGGGGAGUACACGUGUGAUGCAGGGGACUGCCGGGCCUCCGCCACACUGCGGGUCUACGAGCGCCAGGUGCAGAUUGUGCAGGAGCUGGUGGACGUGCUUGUGCGUGAGAACGAGAACGCCGUCUUCACCUGCCAGGUGUCGCACGAGGACGUGAAGGGCGAGUGGUUCAGAGGCAAUGAGAAAAUCAAAGUCACCAGCGCUGUGAAAAUUCGGCAAGAGGGCCCCAGGCACUUCCUGCUCAUCUGCAACGUGCGCCCGGAGGACGCGGGAUGCAUCCGGUUUGUCGCCAAGGCAGCUGCCUGCGAAGCCCGCCUGCAGGUGGAGGCACUCCCUGUCCGGAUCGUAAAGCCGCUGCGCGACAAGACGGCGCUGGCGCGGCACAAGGCCACGCUGGAGUGCACAGUGUCGCAGGCGCGGGGCCGCGUGCGCUGGUUCCGCGGAGACACUGAGAUCUUCGCCAGCGACAAGUACGAGAUCUGCAGCCUGGACAGCUCUCGAACCCUCAUCAUCCACCGGGGGGGCCCGAGGACGAGGCCUCGUACACCUGCGACGCCUUUGACGACCGCUGCACCGCGCGGCUGCUGGUGGAGGGGCAUUAGGUGCUGGCAACAGAGGAGCCCGACCGCAGCUGGACAGAUGGGUCCUGGCUGGCCACAGCGGGGGCUGUCCAUUAACCACUCCAGUGCCCCACGUUGCUGGGGGAUGUCCUGCUGCCCCCCCACCCCCUGAGCGGGGCAGUGCCCUGAGUAAGCAGGGCUGCCCGGUCCUGGGCAGGGGGUGCUCUGGGGUGACCCCCAUUCCCACUGCAGCUGAAUUGACCUUCCAGUGGGACCCUACACUUCCCUGUUCCUCAGCAACAUGAGGGCAGGCCUCCAUUUCCGCUCCCCACACCCGCACCUUGCGACAGAGGGGCUGCGGGGGGAGCAGCUGUGGGGCCUGGCAGUGAGUCACUAGCCUGGGGACCAGGGAAAGGCCCUGCUUCUCCUCCACAAAGCCCCAUGGGGACAUGGGCAGAAAAGGAACUGGGUUGGCAAUUCUCCCUGGGGUGGGGGUGCUGAGCCCCAACAGGGGCUCCUCCAGCAGCUUCCACACGCUUGGGUGGGUCAGCGCUGGGGAGGAGGGUGGGGGGGGGCUGGGUCUUAACAGAGAGGGAACUGUAGCCAGAUGGUGCCCUUGUGUGGGUGAGGGAGCAGGUGUCCCCUGCCCCCAGCACCCACAGACUCUCCCUCCAUCCCCCGUCCUGUACACCUCCAAAUCACCUGGCAGUGCUCCCGCCCGUGACGAAUUAGGAAAGUUCUUCAUGUUUUCUCUGAAUAUUGUGUGUU